AUGUCUUCACAGACAGAGCCCCUGAAAUGGUCGGCUCAACUUGUUGUUGCCCCAGCAAAGCGCGGUCUUGCGGGCGACAAGAUCACCUUGCCACAGUCUGCCCUCGAAGCCUUGCUCGCCGCCGCACCUGUCGUAUCGGUCUCGAAUCCUGCGCAAAGGAACCUCACUUCCUCCUUCGAUCCUUAUAAUCCCUAUUCUUUUGCCGCCGAGCGCCGUGCUCGCGCAGCCUUCGGAGACCAACAACAGCAGCUCCCGCACCCUCUCACUUUCCGCAUCGUCAAUCCGCGCAAUGGAAGAGCUGUGUUUGCCGGUAUCCGGGAAUUCUCCGCCGCUGAUGGCACCAUCGGGUUGAGCAGCGGUCUGCAAGAAGCCCUUGGUUUGCAAAGCGCAGCGUCGUCUGCUUCAACCACCCGCGAGAACACUCCGAGCGAGGACGUAAUCAUGACCAAUGGCACAAACACUCCUAGAGGACCAACAGUCACAAUACAGGCGAAGCAAUUGGAUAAAGGCACUUAUGUAAAAUUGAGACCUCUAGAAGCAGGGUAUGACCCUGAAGAUUGGAAAUCGCUGCUCGAGCGUUAUCUGCGGGACAACUUCACUACCUUGACUCGUGGGGAAUUGCUUGUGGUCCCGGGGGCACGCCAUGAAAAAUUCCGUUUCUUGGUGGAUAAAUUCGAACCGGACGAGGACGGGGUGUGCAUUGUUGACACCGACCUGGAGGUGGAUAUUGAGCCACUGAACGAAGAGCAAGCCCGUGAGACGUUGAAUAAAAGGCUCGCAAAGAAGAAAUCCGUGCUGGAAUCACAAGAAGGCAAUUCCACUGGGGGACUGCUGGGUCUAGGAGCCGAAAUAGAGGGGAAAGUGCUGCCAGGACACUACGUGGAUUAUGAACUGAAAGACUGGGAUCGAAAACAAGAUCUGGAGGUGACGUUGCAGGCUGUGGAUGACAAUGCCACUCUCGACCUCCUUGUCAGUCCAUUCUCCUCACGUCAACGAUCUAAGCCUCGAGAGGACGAGUACGUCUUCGGCGACUUGAGCACACGACCAACAAAGCGACUAAAACUGUCCCAUACCAGUGUCGACCUUGAGGACGCGGAAUACUUGAGUAUUGCAGUUCACGCCUGGAGAAGUCAGCACGACGAAGUUGAGAAUACAGAUCAGCCGAUCCCGUACAGCCUCAAAAUCAAAGCAGGCACUGGGCGAGUCGAAACUAUGGAGACUUCGGCUCCAGACCUCUCUCCGGACGAGGUGAUAUGCAAAAACUGUCACCAGGUGGUUCCCAAACGGACGCUUCCGCUACACGAAGCAUUUUGCUACCGAAAUAAUGUUCUUUGUCCGAAAUGUUCGGCCGUGUUUCUCAAGAACUCCGAUGCGUGGAAGAAUCACUGGCACUGCCCUCAUGACGAGGAACACGGGAACGAUUCAUUCUCGCGUCAGAAACACGACUCCGUCUUUCAUCCGGAGACGCCGUUACAAUGUCCCCGUUGCGACUUUCAGGCUUUUAACCUUCCGAUUUUGGCCCACCAUCGUACAACGACUUGUCCAGGGAAGGAGAUUCUCUGCCAGUUUUGCCACCUGGUCGUCCCUCAACAAGGCCCUGAGGAUGCUUCGUUCACAGAUCCUGAGGUGCUGAUGUCAGGCCUUUCCCCUCACGAACUCGCUGACGGCGCCCGUACAACCGAGUGUCAUCUCUGCAAUAAGAUCAUUCGACUACGGGACAUGAAGAUGCAUCUACUCCUCCAUGAUCGGGAACGCUUCUCCAGACCCAAGCCGAAGCUUUGCUCGAACCGGAUCUGUGGUCGGACUAUUAAGCCCGAGGAUGAGUUCAGGGUGCAGAAAGAGCAGCUUGGCUUGUGCAACGAGUGUUUCGGCCCGCUAUACGUUACGAGCUACGAUCCCGAAGGGAAGAUGCUGAGGCGAAGAAUCGAACGAAGACUGUUGCAGCAGCUAAUAGGAGGCUGCGGCAAGCCUUGGUGCGGCAAUGAAGAUUGCAAGACAGGAUAUAAGCAUUUGCAUGGCGAAGAAAGGAUUGUGUCUGCCAAGGACGGUCUAGCCAUCGUGAAACCUAUCAUUGACGAUAUCUCUCGUGGCGUUACGUCGUCCAUGGUUUUUUGCGUUGACGAAGCUAGCCAGUCACGGAGGAACCUCGCUGCCAUGUUAGCCAACGAGGGCAACUACGAGCUGGAAUGGUGUGUCAAAGCACUGCAAGAGGAGAAGGGAGACCUUGACCGAGCAAGAGAGUGGCUUAAACACCGAGCUCCACAUAUCGGCGAGGUGCUUUCUUGA